GAAAAAAUCAGAAUGAUCGAUCCCGACUUGGAUGACACGCAUCUCUGCAUCAAAUGCAGUACAACGAUUGUCGGACUCGAAGCUUACAUCGAACACCGUAAAACGCGUUGCACCAAACUUAGCAGCGCCGCCGUGCGCACCAACAAAAGGGGACACGUCUCACCGCACGCUGUGCCUACAGAAAUAAUUUCCACGCCACGUGCACAUCUCGACCACACCUAUGACGCAUUCGCCUUCACCGAACCGCCAGAGUCAUAUGCCAAAGAAGCGACACACGGCGGAAAAACUUCCAAGUCGCUUGCCGAUGCCUAUGAACUGCCUUACGAGUUGGGUGCCGAUGUGUUCUUUUCCUCGCUGCAGCUGCAGAGCGUACAAGCAGCCGGACCUUCAACGAGUGGCAAGCAAGGAAUGGGUGCGGCGCACAGUCAACCAUCGACUAGCUUGCAACAGCGACACGACAAAACCGAACACGCGGAUCCGAUUGGCCCCCAACCCGAUGAGCCGUGGAUGUCAGAGGCGCAUGCAAGCGGCAGCAACGCGCAACAACAGAAGUCCUAUGACGAUUUCAAACCCAUGGCAUUUGAACAAGAGUCGCCAGAAGCUAGCGAAGAAGAAGAAGAGGAUGUUGACGCGGAAAUGGAGGAGGAUGAAGAAGAUUAUGAUCCUAUAGCCGCUGCGCAUGCGACUGGUGGCAAAUGGAAGCCACCAGCAAUGCCGCACUCACCACCAGUCGUGCCCGAAACACACACGGGUGGAAAAUGGCGGCCGGAGAAUCGACCAACGUUGCACGUCGCGCACACACAACUUGCACGCAUCUCGCCUAAUUGGGAUGAACAUGCCUAUGAGUUGGAAAACGCCGAGGCGCAUGAAGGUCAACAUCCACCUGCCGAGCAUACGAAGGGGAAGUGGAUACCUGGCACGAAGAUGCAACGCCUCGAAUACAAAGAGGAAGUGGUUGAGUUGGCGAAAUCUGCGAAUCAGGAGUAUUGGUGUAAUAUAUGUUGCCGACGCUUGAAGAGCAAGACGAACUAUGAAAAUCAUCUCAAAACUGGUUAUCAUAAGAAGCGCGCAGAGCCCGAACGUCAGCUGGAAAAGGCUACGCUGGACGAUAUACAGCGUGGCGAUUUGAGUAAAAGUUUCACGCUGGCGCUAGAAGAACCCCAGCCGUCCACCAGUGGUGGUGUUAAUAAAAAGCGCAAGCGGCGCGCCAACUUGAUACGAUGUCAACUAUGCAAGCACAGCAUGUUGCGCCAUCUGGUGGGCAAACAUUUAAUUUCGCACUUUCACUACCGGCGCAUGCAAAUGAACCCGGCAAAAUCGCUGCCUAUGAUACUGCAGAAUAUACACUCGGUGGUGUUGCAGUCACCAUUUCAAUGUCGACCCUGUCGCUUCUAUACGAACACCGAGGAAAUGUUCUUGCAGCACUGGAGUUCACCCGAACACUUGGACGCCUCCGAAGGGUUGGGCAAAUUUUGGUGCAGCUACUGCCACUUCGAAUGCGAGGAUAACAACCAAAUGCGGCGACACCUACUCAGUGCCGAGCACAAGGAAGUCAUACUGGCCAUCAAUCGCUCGGUGCCGAUUUGUAUUAGCAAGAAGCUAAGCAUCGACUGCACACGCUGUCGCCAGAGCUUUCGCUAUAACGUCGAGCUGCGUAGGCAUAUGCUGCUCUGUCAUCCAGACAAGCAAUUGUGUGGUACUGCGUCGGAUACCUACCAAAGUCGCUACAAGUGUGGACUGUGCGCAGAGUAUCUUCACUCCAAGGUGGCAUUGCAGCGACACGAGAAGAAUAGACACAGUAUAAGCAAAUAUUUUUGCUCUAUAUGCAAGUUGGAGUUCAAUACGCCUUGUAAAGCGCGCAGACAUCGGAAGACGGCCGAACAUCGGGCGAGCGCUGCUGCGGCGGAAACGAGCGCGGAUAAGAGGCGUAAGCGCGAGACAACGAAAUGCGUAAAAAGCUGUGAUAAGUGUAAUUUUGUCGCCUCAUCGGUGGUUGAAGCGAUGUUGCAUGAGCUUUCGCAUCCGAAAGCUGAGCCCACGCGCAGUACAGUUAUCAUAAAGGCAACCAGCAGCAAUGACCGUGCCAGCGCCAGCACCGACACCAGCAAGCCUACUGAGAGGGUGCAAAAAUCACUUGCGAAUGAGAAGCAAGUGCCGGUGAAGUGUAAAGACUGCGACGAGCUGUGCGCCAGCAAAGAGGCACUGAAAACGCAUCGCGAUACAUCACACCCGCUGCUGUGUCACAUCUGCUUGAGUUGUGGUGAGAGUUUUGCGCUGGCGCAAGCGCUUGGACGUCAUACGCGCCACUGCCAGCCGAAAGCAAGCACUUCGAAAGAGGCUCUCCAAAGUACAGGCGACAAGCAGGUGCAAAGCAGCAGUCGCUGGAGCUGUGAGGAUUGCGAUUUUAGCGCUCCAUACGAGUCAGAACUGAUCUUUCACCGCCUGCAUCACACUUAUGGUCCAAUGAGUAAAAAUCAGAUCAUUGCUUGUCCUAUUUGUUCGAAAGAGUUCCGCAAACAUUCGCUGCGUUGCCAUUUGCGUCAGCACACAAAUGAGAAAAUUUUCGUUUGCGAAUUGUGCGAUUUGAAAUUUUCACGGCGUCAUAAUCUCAAAGAUCACAUGAAGAGUAUACAUGGUGUACCACCUGUAGGGGUGACGAAAGAUCAGCAAACCACUUCGACGACUGAGGAAUCUACGAAACCUAAGAAGCGCAAAACUGAUGGUGGGAACUUUGCUUGCGACACUUGCUCAAAGACUUUUGCCUCAGAAUAUAUGCUAAAAAAGCACACCGCCAGUCAUAUUGCUUUGCCGUCGGCAACUCGUGAAAGUGUUUGCACCAACGAAGGCUGCAGAUAUGUGGCAGCAAAUCCCACUUUACUGCGCAUUCAUGCCGCAUCGCAUGCCAAGGAGCAGCUAAAAUGCAAGGAGUCAUCAUGCAACUAUCAAGGCAAAAGUGUUCUGCAUUUAAAGAG